AUGAAAGUAGAUUUGGGAGAUAGCAACGGACAGAUAGGAGUAAAUGGACGCCGCCAUCUUACAGAAGAAAGUCAACAGAAAGGCCCAGUUCUGUCGCAUGCCAUAGACCCAUCUGAAGUCCUAGUUCGCCAGGAAGAACUAUCGGCUCUAAAGACAAGACUCGAGACAUUGAAUAUGGAACAACGAAUUUUGAACACACAUCUAUUUGGACCUGUUUCAACAAACACGAUUAUUCUCCUGGUACAGGUGCACAGGCGCCUGGAAUACCUGACCCAUUUGGUGCAGAGCAUGAAGGAGGUCCGAGGCAUCAACGACACCCUCGUGAUCUUCAGCCACGACUUCUGGGACGACCACAUCAACGCCUUCGUUCAGAACAUCAGCGAAUUCAGAGUGAUGCAGAUGUUCUUUCCUUUCUCGAUUCAGCUCCACCCGUCUACUUUUCCCGGACGCGACCCGAGGGACUGCGAGUGGAAUAUGCCCAGGAAUAGUGACCAAGACUGCCUAAACAAGGCUUGGCCAGAUAAGUACGGGCACUACCGGGAGCCACAGUUUACCCAAAUCAAACAUCACUGGUGGUGGAAGAUCAACAGAGUGUUCGAUGUACUGCGAGUGACCAAAAACUGGACAGGGAUUGUCCUCAGUCUGGAGGAAGACCACUACCUCCUUCCCGACACCCUACAUGUCCUAAACUUGUUGCUGCAUCAAAGGCCCAGUGUUUGCCCAACGUGCCAUGUGAUGGGCCUCGGGAAUUACCAGCUCAAAAAAGCUUCUCCUGAAAAGAUGUUAACGGGAGACUGGCCUGUGAGUGGCUAUAACCUCGGCUACACCUUGGACCGUGAUGCCUGGAAGGCCAUCAAGAAGUUUAGUGACGUUUUCUGCACCUACGACGAUUAUAACUGGGAUCUGACGCUCUCCUACAUGGUACGCCAACAUAUAAAGCCUCUCCUGGGUAUGCUUCGCGUAGAAGUGUCCAGGGUUGCGCACAUAGGAACAUGUGGAACACACUUCAAAGCUGCGACCUGUGAUAUUCAGAGAGAGAUCAAGAAAGUUAAGCUGAGGUACGACGCAACGAAGCUUUUCCCAGAGAACCUCGUACUACACGGGGCUUACGUGAAGAUGAGAGGCAAGAACACCCCGAGCGGCGGAUGGGGAGACGUGCGAGACAUUCAGCUGUGUAAACUCAUCGCUCAAGGGGCUGCGCGCAUCAAUUUAACAGCCAUCAUCAACACGGAGGGUCACAGAUGAAAAUCGGCAGUUUUAGGCUCUAAAAUUUUAUUGUCUCUAAAAUUCAACAUCGUUUUUUUUGUGAGACUAAAGUGUGAUCUCGAUUUAAUAUCUUACAGACUUACUGAUUAGUCGAGUGAUAAGUAAGCGUAGCCAAAUGAAAUCUUGAGUAAUGUGUCUAACGUUUACGGAGACGUUCCUUUUUUAUCAACCAGUAACACGUUGCCAACCAGUUUAUAAAGUUUAGAUAUGAAAGCCUACCACACCAUGAAAAUAGUUAACGGUUUUCUGCGAUGGGUAGUUAGGGAGAAAAUUAUCUUUGGAAAUUUAAGGGGAGACGCUGGGAAUGCGGUCCCUGAAAAGUACUUAUAUCGUAAGCUAUUCAUUCGCCGACAGUAUAUCGUCAAAAAGAAAAAGAAAAUAUUUGAACUUUUAUGUUUAUCAAAACGAGACUUUACUUGGCGCGAUUCUUUCUGUCUCUAAUGAAACUUGUGUUGGGCAUUUAUCCUUAAAUAACUGCGAAGGUGGGAUUGGGGGGGGGGGGUCCUUGUAUAACUUACAUCAAGGCUGACUUGUUUUAGUUCAUAAUCUCAGCGACGUAUAAGAGGAAAUGAAAAUGUAGUCUAGAUUUAAGUCCAACCCCAAAGUUUAAACUCCAAAAGAACCACAAAUUGAACACGGGUCUUUGCCAGGAGAAACCACGCACAUUAAUGCUGCUGCUGAAAUUCUUCCGAGAAAAACUCUGCAGACCUGUAAAGCGUAUGCAAAUGACACAUGUUUAGUCGGUAACGUGCAGGUGUACAGAAAGAGGAGAAAUACGUAUAUUUUCAUAUUAAACAAAAAAAAAAAAAAAAAGUAAAGUCCCAUUCCCAUGUUCCCUUUGAUCACUAGUUUCCAUGUUAUUAUUCAUAUAAUCUUCAUUAUCAUUUGACUUUGUUUAUACCCUGUUUUUACUCAGUUGUUUUUUUAGAACGAGUUGAUCAUUGAUUGUACAAGUUUCUAGAACUGAAUACCCUUGGAAUAUGCAUAUUUAAUUUUAUAAUAGAAAUGACUUACGGAUUCUUGAAAAUGCGAGUGAUAAUAAAAGUUAC